AAGAGAAAAUAUCCAACAUCCAGGCCAUAUAAAUGUGAUAGCUGUAGUGAAGCAUUUAAUCAAAGAAUACAUUUAAAAAAACAUAUGAGUAAACACACAGGUGUGAAGCCAUUUAAAUGUAAUGACUGUGAUUAUUCCACUGUAGAAAGAAGUCAUCUGAAGGUUCAUACAAGAAUACAUACUGGGGAGAAACCAUUCAAUUGUCCAUAUUGCAAAUAUAAAACUGCUCAAAACAGUACAUUAAAUAUUCAUUUAAAACGCAGACACAGUGAAAAAUUAUUUCGAUGUAAUUUGUGCCCAAAAAUGUUCACACAGAAGUCAGUGUUGGAAAACCAC